AUGUCUAAUGAACAAAUAAAUAGUUCGAAACGUAAAUUCCCAUCUGAUGAGGAUCAAUGGUCAACGUUAUCACGCGAAGAGCUCAUACAACGUUGUAAACAACUUGACAAACAUGUUGAACAAUUGAGAAAUACAAUAAUAAACAUCCAAAACGACAUAUAUUUCUCAAGUUCUUCUAUCUCGGUUGGGAUUAUCAUGGUUUUGUUGUACAAGAAACAACAUCACAAACUCUUAGUUACGGAAGAACUGAACUAUGUACAAAUUCUGAAUGGUGUUCUACCAAGUUCAAUACGAUGUACUGCAUGGGCGCCUGUGCCAGAUGGUAAAUCAGCUCGAUUUGAUUGCGUAUCAAGAUCUUAUCGAUAUUUCUUUCCAAAAGCUAAUCUAAAUCUCGAUCGAAUGAGACAAGCAGCAGCAGAUCUGAUUGGCACACAUGAUUUUCGAAGUUUUUGUAAACUUGAUAUAACUAAUGAUGAGCCGACAUUUAUUCGUCGUAUCGAUAAUGUCACUGUUGAACAGUUAAGUAUUGAUAAUGACUCGAACAAUCCUAAUUUUGGUUACCAAAUGUGCGAAUUGUUGGUUCACGGUUCUGGAUUUCUAUGGCAUCAGAUUCGUUGUAUUGUUGCUAUUUUACUAUUGAUUGGUCAAGAAAAAGAAGAUGUUCAACUAGUUAAAGAACUACUGAAUAUUGAAAAAUACCCCUGUACACCGAACUAUCAAAUAGCAUCCGAAUUGCCGCUGAUUCUGUUUGAUUGUCAAUUUAAUAAUGUGGAGUGGAUCUGCGAUCACUCAUCACUUCGCAUGACGAUCGCUCAUCUACAACGACAUUGGUCGUCGUUUCAAAUUCGUGCAACAAUGAUCAAAACUAUGCUGAAUCAUCUCGAAAGUCAAAUUUCAGAUCAACAACAAACGCCGAUUUUAGGUCAAUUAGCCUUGAUUGAAAAUGACAGUCAUGCAUCAACGGGAUAUAAUAAUAAUCGAAAGAAUUACCAGCCAAUCUUAACCCGUCCAGUGCGAGAAAGUGUGGAAACGAAAGUUGAAAAGUUUCAAAAUAAAAAAGCGAAAUUAAAAACUUCAACUGAUCAUGAUGAUGAGAAGAAUGGUGAAGCUUGA